AUCAGCAGGGAAAGAGGGGGAGAAAAAAAAAAAAAAAAAAGAAGAGCUAUGCGCAUUGCGCACCCAUCCCGUUGUCUCAUAUCUCUCAAUCACAACAUUGUCCAUUUCUCAUCUUGUUAUUCAAGAAACAGAUUGCUCUCGCUGAAACCUCUUCUUUUACCACAAAAACCACAAACCCUAACACGAUCUCAAAGAACAAGAAUGGCUGCUGAUAUUUCUACUCCUGCGAUCUCAGCAGCAGCAGAAGAGGACGCGAAAUUUGGAUUCACAAGACCUGAAAUGUACAAGAGCAACCUUGCAGGCACUGUUGAUCAGUACGACCGACAUGUGUUUCUUUGUUUCAAGAACCCUGACGCGUGGCUUCCACGCGUCGAAGAGUCUCAAACCGAUCCUCUACCUAAGCUCUUCUCAUCCGCUGUUAAAGCUCGAAAAAAUGAUAUCACCAUUAAGACAAAGGUAACAAUAAGCGAAGGAGGUGAAGGGACUGACUUUGAGAAUGGUGAUGUUUUGAUUUUUCCUGAUAUGAUUAAAUACAAGUGUUUGAAAGAGACGGACGUUGAUGGUUUCGUUGAAGAUGUGCUUGUGAAUGGAAAACCAUGGGCAUCCGGAGUGCAAGAGGUGCUCACUGGGUCACAUGUAUUUGUGUGUGCUCAUGGUAGCCGCGACAAGAGAUGUGGGGUUUGCGGUCCUAUCCUUAUUGAAAAACUCAAGGAGGGUAUCCAAUCUCGAGGCCUCAGUGAUCAGAUUUUUGUUAGUGCCUGCUCUCAUGUCGGUGGGCACAAGUAUGCUGGAAAUUUGAUCAUCUACAGUCCGGACUCUGAGGGUAAAACUAUGGGUCAUUGGUAUGGCUAUGUUACUCCGGACGACGUGCCUGAAAUUUUGGAUCAACAUAUUGGGAAAGGAGUCGUCAUAGAAAGGAUUUGGAGGGGAAAAAUGGGAGAAGUAAUUGAAGAGGGUGAAAAGGUGGUUGAGGAGAAGCUUCCAAACGGAAAAGAUGUGAAGGAAAGCAAGAAGCAUGAUGAAAGCAGCACUAAUGUCAAUAAAGAGAAUGUGGGUGGCUGCUGCCAAGGUUCCAAUGGCUUUUCAUGCUGCAGAGAUGGAAAUUUGGGUGCAAAUGAAGAAAAGAAAGCGAAGGAAAUCGGUGAAGUUCGGGGAAAGAAGAGGCUAGGUAGUUUGUCAAGCUGGAUAUCAUCGUUGGAGCAAAGUGAUGUUCUUGCAGCUGUUGCUGUGAUUGGGGCAGUUGCAACCAUUGCAGUGGCCUACAGCUUAUAUAAAAGGACAGGACAGCAAAGCAGAACUUCGAUGCUGAGAACAGAAGUUGAAAAUGAAAGAGACUGAAAUGCUUUGUAAUUUAAGACAAAAGGUGAGAAUGCAUGUACGUUUGUAUUUUGCCUGUAUGCGAGUGCAGAUGGUUAAUAUUCAGAAUGGGUUCUUAUUGA